AUGUCGGCCCCGCCCCAUGUCCCAUCGAUAUCCGCUCGAUCGAUGUUGCAGCACGGGAGGGUGUACGGAUACAGUGCCGCUGUUGCACCACAGGAAGGCGCUAUCGUACAAUGGCACCGCGGGUACAGUGCGGCUGGGUCUCAUCUGUGUCCUCGGAGUUUAGAUUGCGCCCGAGCAGGACGUCACUUCUGCCAACAGGGAAGCUCGCACUGCGGCCCCUGUCUCCGCCCACUGGUGGAAAACUCCCACGGACGCUGCGUGAUCAAGAGGAGACACCUUUCCCACUCCACUCAGUCCGCUAAAGGUAAGAUAAGCCCUUACCCUGAACUGGACGAGGAGAUCGACAUCCUGUCGGCCAUCAUCAGUGAACAGAGGACUGAGACCAGACUGCCAGCUCCUCCCUCUCAGGAUGUCCCCAAACCCAAAUCGAAGGAACUCAGCGAGCCUGGCCCCGCCCACACGGCGUCCGCCACAGAGCAGCCAACGAGCACCAGCGCCGCCAGCGUCUUACCUGUCAGCUUGACUCCGCCUCCCAUCGCCACAAACCACACCCCCGCUCUGCUCAGGGGCCCCGUCAUCGUCCCGCACCCGUCCAACGACCACGUCUUCAUCAUUCUCAGCAGCGUCUUCGUCGUGGGGGGGUCGGUGGCCCUGAUCAUCGCUGGAACCUGUUGGGUCAGGUUGCAGAAAAGUGUUCGUCUAACCCAGAAGGUGGACUACCCCGCAUAUGGACUGAUGAGAGCCCAGACCUUUGAUAAUGUGCCCGGGGAUAAGAAGCUGGCCCACAGUGCCCAGAUGUACCACUAUCAGCACCAGAAGCAGCAGAUGCUGUCCCUGGAGAAACACAGGGAAGGACCCAAAGUCCCCGACUCUGGAGCGUCGACCGAUGAGGAGAACGAGGACGGAGAUUUCACAGUGUAUGAGUGUCCUGGACUGGCACCUACAGGGGAGAUGGAGGUGAAGAACCCACUGUUCGACGACUCCACCCUCUACUUCCAGAGGUUCCACAAGUAAAACCCGGACAUUCACCGACUGACCCUGAACGCAUCACCUGUGUGAGCGGCAGAGUCGACUGUACGGUGAACACGUGGGUCCAAACCCUUUACCUUCGCUCACCACGGAGAGUUUAAGGCUCACGGAGGAGCGAGGAGGAGGAGCGAGGAGGACGAG